CGGUGUUCACACAGCACUUAGCAGACGGACAGACUCCAUUCAGCUCGAGUUAUCGAUUUGUGAUGGGUGCUCUUCUUGCUGCUCCAUUUUGUGCUGCUUCGGCAGCAUGUUGUUUCGGAAGCUCUGCGUGCUCAUUGUGUUGCUCAGCAUGCCCGGGAGCAAAGAACUCGACAACAACUCGGAUAAUGUACGCACUGAUGCUUAUUUCAGCAACUUUCAUGGCUGUGGUGAUGCUUCUUCCAGGCGUUCAAAAGAAAUUAGUAGAAAACAAAUGGCUUUGUGACGGCCUAAAUGAAUACGCUGGAGUCAAUUGUGAACAUGCAAUAGGUUAUCAAGCAGUUUACCGAGUUUGUGCAGGAGCAGCGAGUUUCUUCUUCCUCUUCAUGCUAUUAAUGUUUGGAGUUUCUUCCUCAAAAGAUGGAAGAUCUUCAAUUCAAAAUGGCUUCUGGUUUUUCAAAUAUCUCCUCAUGUUUGGAAUUAUUGGAGGAUUCUUCUUUAUUGGAAGUGAAACCUUGGCAACUCCUCUCAUGUAUAUUGGAAUGCUUGGAGCUUUUCUAUUCAUACUGAUCCAACUCAUUCUCAUCGUUGAUUUCGCUCACGGACUUGCCGAAUCUCAAUACGAAGACAACGAUUCUCGUGCAUGUUAUGCUGGUCUUCUUAUCACAACUUUUGGCGGUUUUCUCGUCUGCUUGAUUGCUGCCGUUUACGUAUUCAUCAACUACGCUAUUGGAGAUGGAUGUGGUCUUCCAAAGUUCUUCGUAAUCUUCAAUGUGCUAAUUUGUGUGGCUAUUAGUCUUCUUUCCGUUUCUCCGAUGGUUCAGGAAGUUAAUCCACGAUCUGGACUUCUUCAGCCUGUUGUUAUCAGUGCAUAUAUUAUUUAUUUGACAUGGUCCGCUCUUUUGAGUAAUCCAAAUGAAUCGUGCAAUCCAACUCUUGCCAAUGUCACCCAAUCAGCAAUUCCAACAGGAGGUGUCACCAAGGAUGACUCAUUUGUAACACCGCUCCCCGUUCACUCGUUGAUUUCUCUUCUCAUUUGGCUCAUUUGUCUCGUGUAUGCCUCGAUUCGUAACUCUUCGAACACUUCGCUCGGAAAAAUAACUGGAGACAACGAGGAACAUGUUCAGCUGAACGACGUCGAAGGUGGAAAAGCAUGGGAUAAUGAAGAAGAAGGUGUCGCGUAUUCGUACAGUUUCUUCCAUUUUAUGUUCUGCCUUGCUUCUCUCUAUGUCAUGAUGACCCUGACUUCAUGGUAUCAUCCGGACAGUGAUCUAGCUCAUCUCAACUCGAAUAUGGCAUCUGUUUGGGUCAAAAUGUUCUCUUCGUGGAUCUGUGGAGGUCUCUAUGCGUGGACUCUUGUUGCUCCAAUUAUAUUCCCGGACAGAGAGUUUUAACGAACCGAAGACAUUAUGAUAAUCUGUACAUCUACUUUUUCUCUACUUUGUGCAUGCUUUCUCUUUAUAUCUGAUCCUCAUUCUCUCUUCCUACAUAAUAGUCAUUCUUGUAUGAUAUUUUUACGCAUUAUACUACUUUGAAAACAAAUAAAAUCUCAAAUAUUU